GCGUGACUACAACCUCCUGUGUGUGGUUCCUUUUAAUUACAGAUAAAAUGUCACCAAUAGAGGAGGAAUACUGCGCCACUAUGUUAACAAGUCAUUUGCAGUGUUCCCCACCAGGGGGAGUGCUGACUGAACAACAUUAAACCAGGCUAAACUGCAAGGCUGCGUUCAGGACACCUCAAAAUUCCUAUGAUUUUCGUCAGUUUAUCCGCAGUCUCAGUAGGGAAAUGUUCUUAAAAGGUCCAUAAUAACUAAAACUAAUACUGACCACCUUACUUUCACUAAUUUAAGGAAUAAAAUGACAUAAUUAAUACAAUAUAAUAUAAUUAGAAAUUAUUAUUAUUAUUUUUUUUAGCAAAUACUGUAGUAAUUACAUUUUUUUUACCUUGUAUUGUAACUUAACCUGAGGACCGAAGCCCAGCAGUACCCUCCCCCUCGCUACUCUUUUGGUUUGAUCCAUAUUACGUGGUGGACGUUUGAUCACGUUUGAGGAGCUAGUUGCUAUGAGUUACGAGUUGCUACUAGUUGGGGGAGCGAGUAUCAUGCCUGUAGAGGCCGCCCAUCUGCCACACAUAUGCGCUGACUUGAUGAGGAUAUGAUGAGCGCUGAGCAUUAGUAAAUAGGAUUUUUUGUCCUCCCACCCCCCCGCGGCGCCCCCGAGAGAAUGGCGCCCUGGGCAAUUGCCCAUGUGGCCCAUAACUAGAACCGCCACUGACCGGAUGGCACGUAAUAGUACGCCACCAAACCUGUAGUCCCGAGUGUCCCCCAUAGUACACCGCGAUGGACACAGUCGAAUGCCUAUUCCAAGUCUACAAAGCACAUGUAGACCGGUUGGGCAAACUCCCGUGUACCCUCCAAUACCCUUGCAAGGGUGUAGAGCUGGUCCAGUGCUUCACGACUGGAAUUCAAGAGUCAUUAUCACACUUGAAAGUCGUUCGUCAUGUAAAUGUGGCUCUUACUUUGCGAAUGAAAGCUAUGAUAGAAAAAAAGAAAAGCACUUCAAACAUCACAAAUAAAGGGAAAAAAGUGAAGCUGUCAACUACGUGUAGUCAAAAGUGUACAAACGACUUGUUUUUAGUCGUGCCCGGUCUCUUUGUUCUUUAAAGUUAAUGUGUAUAUAAAUGUAACACAAAAUUACUACCUAAAGGGGUACCUGAAUGUAUCACAGCAGCCGCUUAGCUUUGGGAGGAGUUGUCUUCACACCAACCUUUUUUGAUGUUUAAACAACAGUGUGCGUCUAUAAAUGUGAGACACAUCUCAUAAGCCCACGACUGUUCCCUCUCUCGCCCUGUCAGGAUGGACUCGUGUAGGAGAGCAAGGGGCUGGAGGUGGCAAGGCAUGUUCAGGACGGCAGUGGGACUAUGGCUGCUACAACUCUGCGUGGCCGUGGGUACGAAGGGCCUGACAACUCCUAAAACUCCUGAAACGGAAAUAACAAGCAUUCAGUACCUACCCCCGGCUGAGACCGGUGACGCCAACUUCCUGGCUGGUCCGGUCCAUGUCUUCCUCACUUGUGUCCAGCCCAAUUCGUUUCCUAAAGAAAUGCUCAUGACUAUCAUACAGGGUCAGACUAACCGGUCUGAUACGGCAUUUAUCAACAAAGUCUUGACGUAUGAGGCAGGCUUCCUGGUGUUUGCAGUCAUCGGCGUGAUUUACAUCAUUGUGAUGCCUAUAGUGGGCUUAUAUUUGCUGUUCCGCGGCAAAUGUACUGAAAAGUACAAGGAGAUGACGCCCGCCCGUGAGAAAAAAAGAAAAAUCUUCUACUGCAGCACUCUCGUCACCACAAUCAUAUUAUUAGCUGGGACCGUCUGCAUGUUGAAAAGCAACUACAUACUUGAGCAGAGUAUGGGCCAGAGCCAGGGUCAGCUUAACAACACGUUACAAAACAUCACUCUCUUCUUCAAAGCAGCUGAGAAGGUCAUUGAUGGGACCCUGGUCGAAAUGAAGACCCUACCACAAAAAUUAGGCGACACGAUCAAGCCUGCUGUCCUGAAAGAAGUGGGUUUCGACGCUCUGAAGACAGAUAAACAGGAGAUAGAGGGUGGACUGAACAGCCUGAUAGACUCAAGGAAAAAGCUGGUGGACAGCCUUAAUGGCUUAAAGGAUCUUAAUAAUCGCAUCAAAGGAACAACUAGCAAGACUGAGUGUAGAUGCCUGAAUUUACAACCGAGGACUGUCCAAGACAUCCAAGCGUUGGAGAACCUGGACACCUUCAAAAACACCUUCCGUGAUUUUGAUGUCAGCUCAAUGGAGGAAAAGAUCUCGAAGUUGGGCAGCGAUAUAAACAUCGACAAGUUAGAAGUCCCAAACCUGAAUAUUGCAUCCCAGAUGCAGUUUUUGACUACUUUUGUGAAUAAGCUGUCAGCAAGUAUCAGCAAGUACGGGGAGAAGCUGAAGACAGUAGAGGGUUUCAGAUGGCCGAUAUGUGUAGUCAUGUGUUUCGUGGUCGUACUAGUGUUUGUGUGUAACACCCUGGCUCUCAUCCUGGGCCAUUCUGGUCUGACACAGCCCAUCGACCCAAUUGAGCGCACAUGCAUGACCGACGUUGCGGGAAAACUCUUCACGAUUGGUGUAUUUGUCAGCUUCUUCUUCUCCUGGCUGCUCAUGUUGGUGACAGUCGUGCUCUUCCUGGUGGGAGGCAAUGUUUACUCACUGUUGUGUCAUCCCUGGAGCACCGGAGAACUGUGGCAGAUGAUCGAUACCGCAAGUGAUAUUCUACAGUUAAUGCCACAAGGAUUCGAUGUCACUCCCAGUGGUGUUUAUACAAACUGCGCGAACAAAACGUCUGCGUUGAAAGCGCUCCAAUUGGAUAAAAAGUUCGACAUUACAAAGCUUGAUAAAGCCCUACAGGACAUUGAAACUAAAUUACAGGGGAUCACUGUGUCUGUGGACUUCAGUACCUACACAAAAAAGCUUGACGAAUUCCCGGCAUUACCGAUGAUGCCUGAAAUCGAUCUGACCCAAGGAGUUAACGCACUUGAUCAAGCUGCUCAGAAUCAUCCAGAUGUAGACAUUGCUCAAGAGUUAAAACAACAUGCCAAGGAUAUGAGGAAUAUUCAGGAAGAUAUCGAAAAACAAAUGGAGGAAAUGAAAAAGGGUUGGAACGCCCUUGAGGACAAUAUUGGAACACUGAAAGACAGAAUGAAGAAAUUGUCAGAUCAAGGCCAAUUGAACACCAUCAUCAAAGACGUGGCUAUCCGGGAGAUAAAAGACUUCAUUAAGCGGUCCAUAUCAAUGGUGACCGAGGACUUUGAUUGUCAGCCGAUUGCUGGAUUUGUGGACUCUGCAGAGACCAUCCUGUGCUCACGACUUGUGGAGUCUCUGAAUGCCUUCUGGUUCAGUCUGGGAUGGUGCAUCAUCCUCUUCAUCCCCUCCACUAUUUUCACUAUGAAACUAGCAAAGCACUACAGGAAAAUGAGCCGCGUUGAUAUCAUUGACUUUUUCUAUCUAUGUCCAGCAGCGAAGUCAGCCAGAGAUCAAAGAGCAACAGUGGCUCAAUUGGCACCCGCAGAGCAAAGCGCCGUCAGAAGACUCGGCGCACUCGGACGACUUAGACCACUCAGAGCAUUAUGUGCACUUGGAGCACUCGGCGUGACCAAGGAGACACCCCCACCAGAUACAUCAGCCUCAUCCAAAAACCCUGAGACAAGAGGAGACGACGUCAAUGAUGAGGAGUGAAGAAACCUAGAAGCAACACACGUCAUUUCAGACAUUGUAUUUUAUGCAAAUGCUCUCACUGGACUCAACAAUAAGCCAAUAUUAGAAAAUACACAUGUUAAAUAAUAAAUAAUAAUUAAAUACCCCACAGAUGCCGUAUAAGAUUAGGUUGUACAGGUGUGUCUAAUGUUGUGUCCAGUGGGUGUGUUAGGUCAAAGGCAUGCUGCGUUGUGACUAUUGUAAUCAAUUCCUCUCUUUCGUAGCCAUCUACUACCAAUGACAGCAUAUUUAACCAGAAUGAACUUGGGCUUUUAAAAAAUGAAAAAUCAAAAGCACAAUUCAUGGUACUGAUUCAGUGAGGAUUCUUUUCGGUGUGAAAUUAAUGCAUGCGUACACGCUGCAAAAAUAUCCACCUUUUAGUCUUGCUUAGGAAUGUUUUUUUGUAAAUAUGAUUUAAAUGAUUUUUUUGACUGCUGAAAAUGUUGAAUA